AUGGGCGCGCGGGGAAACAAACAAGGGGCGGGGCCAAGCGCUGGAAGCGAUUGCGCCGCUCUGAGGCGGCCAGUGGGCGGGAGGACCGUCCAGGCGGGAGCCAACGGUCCCGGCCGGGCUUGAGGGGAAGCGCCCCCUCAGGGAAAGGAGAAGGAGCCGCGGGCCCGUCCGCACCCAGCCUGGCUUCCUCCUUGUCCACAGGUUCUGUCCAGUGGGGCGAUGGCAGCCGCGACGGAAGAAGGGUCGGAAACCAAGCUCUGCGGCAACUGCAAAAAGGAGAUCCCGGCAGCCAACUUCACCAUCCAUGAGAUCCAUUGCAGCAGGAAUAUUGGGGUCUGCCCCACCUGCAAGGAGCCGUUCCCUAAAUCGGAACUGAAGAAACACCAGGAGAAGGAGCACACGCAGGUUUACUGCAAAUGCAGCAUGAAGAUGGACCGGGGCCAUUUAAAGGAGCAUGCGGCUUCUGAAUGUCCCUUGCGCUCGGUGGCGUGUCAGCACUGCGACAUCGUGCUGGCCUUCAACCGGCUCCAGGAGCACGAGGACUACUGCGGGGCCCGCACCGAGCGUUGCCGCCGCUGCCGCCGCAACAUCAUGCUGAAGGACCUGAAGGAGCACCCCGAGGAUUGCGACAAGAUGGCCGAGGCGGCUGCCAGCCAGCCUAAGCCCUGCUUCGGCGCCGAGGCGGAUGCGCACAAGAUCCAGGCCAUCCGGAACAUCUUCCACCCAGUCCAUGCCUCCGAAGCCGUGCCGAGGGCGAGCCACCAGAUUCCCGAGGGCCGGAUGUACAGUUACCUCUCGCGGGAGCAGAUGCCCAGGGAGUAUGCCCGGAGGAACAUCAGCCCGGGCCUGGCAGAUCCGAAUCAAGCUCACAUGGCGAGAGCAGCAGCCCCUUUAACCUUUGGCCAGCCAUCCGAGUGCGACUUAGAUUACAUGUUGGCGCUCAGCUUGCAGCAGGAGCAUGGCUCCCAUGUGCACAGCGCUAGCGCUGCCGCUGCGGCCCAGAGUGACCUCUGGACGAAUAUGCGUCCCAGCAAGACCAGAGCCGUGGAGAGCUUUGUCGAGGAGCCCAAUCCCUUCCCUCAGGAAGCACAAGAACCAGAGCAGCCCAAAACCGAGACCCUCCUGCCGUGCGAAUUCUGCGAGGAGCUCUACCCAGAAGAAGUGCUCAUCCUCCACCAGACGGGGUGCAGCCCCACCAGUGCGCUGGCCUCCUACAGCAAGAGGGGCUCUUUGACCCCGCAGUCGGACCGCCUCCACGACUUGUGGCAACAGCUGCAGAGCAACCAGGCCAUGGGCAGCGGAGAGAGGCCCACCUUCCUGCAGGACCCUUGCAGCAGCCUCCUGAUCCCGUGCGAAUUCUGCGGCGCCCAGCUGGAAGAAGAAAUCCUCUUCCACCACCAGGACCAGUGUGACCUGCGCCCUGCCACUGCCUCCUCGAUGAGACGGAUGCCGGCCCUGCAAGGGAGCCCAGCCAUGGAGGACAGGGAGGAAAGCGAGUCGCCCGAGCUGCCCCGGAGACGGGUCCAUAACCAAGGGUCAAUGCUGCCUCCCUACUUUGAGGAGUUCCGGCCCCACAAGCGCCCCCAGCCGAGCCAAGGGGGCCCCUCCCGCAACAACCUGGUGACGGCCCGGCGCAUGCAGCUGGCCUCCCCCGAGAGCUGCUCCGGGAAUCCCUUUGGGCCUCCGUUGGGAGAAAAGCCCCGGAGGAGUGAGCCAAGCACGAGCUGGUGCCCAAGCGAGCCGCCGGCUGCCCUCCUGCCCACCGGCCGCUCUCCCCUCCACUUCCCGCUCGGCGGCUACAAGCCAAGCUUCCCCGAGACUGCUCCAACCCGGCCCAGCCUGAGAAACAACGGGGGUGGCAGAAGCCCCGCUAGGCCUACCGAUUACAAGCCCAAGGAAAACCCCUGGGCGGCUGAGGCCAAGGCUGAAGAGGAGGACAGCGACCCUCCGGAGGAUGAGUAACCAGCGGAGAAGCUUUUUGCUGCGUUUUGCCCAGCGCCAGGCCCUGAAAAGUGCUGCUGGGCGCAGUGUUUCCUUUCCUGGGGGAUGGGGGUGGGUGGGAGAUAUGUUGUGCCACCGCCGCAGAGACGCGGUGGCCCCGGGGCCCUUGGGCGCCCCCUUUUCCGAAUGUGUAGGGCCUCCGGGGCAGGCUUGUGUGCAGGCAUGAGGCCUGCUUAACCAAUCUUGGGGGUGUUUUGCUUUCCGUUCCCAUGAGCCAUCUGGGAAAUCCAGCCGUGUUCGAUUCCCAAAGGUUGGCCCCACUUUGUCCCGGGCCCGGCCGCCCUUCUUGUUUUGUUUUGGUUCUCUAGUCCGUUUGCAGCCGCAGAGGCUGUGGGGAGGGGACCGUGGGGCAAGCGCCAUCCCUUUUUGUGGCACUUCUGCGUGCAAACGCCACGGUCUGCAAUACCUAAAGUGCCCAGUUUUCGACGCCUUUGAGGCCAGCGCAGGACCAAGGAAGCCACUGUUCUUUUUCACUUCACUGUUUGUUCUGUUCUGAAGAUUGUUUUCAAUUUCUCUUAAUAAACUUGGUUUCUGUCUGUU